AUGGCUGAUACUGUGCCUCCAGCGCUCGAUCUUGCGCGUUUUCAAAUGAACGCUCUCAGAGCGUACGACGCGGCCGCUAUGGCCGUGCUUCUGUGGGAUAUUCUCACCACCAUCCAUUUAGAGUACCGCAGAAUAUGGAAGGCACCUUGGUCUAUUGUCAAAGUGCUUUAUUUCAUUACCCGAUACUCUGCAGUCAUCUCAGUUACUUUGAUUACUUUCGGUUUCCACUACCAGUAUCUAUCUGAUUCACAGUGUGAAACCUAUGCUAAAAUUGAACCCGGUAUUGCGCUCAUUACUGUCAUUUCAACUGAAGCCAUUCUUCUUAUCCGUGUUUGGGCACUUUGGGGAAAGAAAUUAUACGUUCUAAUUCCGCUAUUAUUCUGUUUAUUAGUCGAAGCAGCCAUCAUGGCCGCUGCGGCUGCCCUCUAUGAACCUGUUCAAUUCCCUCAAGGAUUUGGUACGCUGGAGAUGGGUUGCAUUUCAACUGGUACACACCCGCUCACAACCGCCUAUUGGAUUGUUCCACUUAUCUUUGACGCAAUUGUCGUUCUGAUGACGAUUGCUAAACUCGCGCUCAAUCGUGCCCAUUCGAGGUCCAAGAUCGCAAAGGUAUUCUUGAGAGACGGAUUGCUCUAUUUCUCUAUUAUUUUCGGAAUUAACCUGAUAAACAUGAUUGCAGCCAACUCAACCCUAGCAAUUGCCCUUACAGCGAUUAUGGGUUGCAGAUUGGUUCUUUCAUUACGCGCUCUUGACGAUACCACUGGUGCAGGAUCGACAUCAUCAAAGGACAGAUCCAAUUCGCGCGGACCAGGUCCAGUUGUUACCAUUGGUGGAACUAACCGUCGCGGAAAUGCAGCACAGCCUCAAACAACGACAUUCGGAUCUUACAAAAUGAAUGAGUUCUCAACAGACUUUGUCGGGACACUUGCAGAUGUCAAUGAAGAGCAACUCAACGAUCAUGGACAGAACUCGUACAACACAGAAGACAAGGAUGACGAGGAGUCGCUGUAUAGAUCAGAGCAGCCAGCUAAUGGCGGAAAUGGAUCUAACCCAUUCGAUCCUGUCAAGAUUCAAGUUCAACAUCAAACUGAACAUCACGUUUCUUAA